AUGACUAAACGCCUCUCUGCAGCCAGCUGCAUUUCGUCCCAAACUCCGAGAUUCGUGUGGAUCUCCGACGCCCUCUUGACGGACGCUUUCAAUCGAUUCUGUCACCACAAGCGCUAUGGCAGCAGCGUGCCAGGUCCCCUGGAGGCACAGCGGCGUGCUGCGAGACGCAAGAAUACCAGUCUGGCGUACGCCAGCCCCGGAGGCAUCUCGGCCGACCCUUCAAUUGUCCUCGGGAGCUCCGCCAACAAGCUAGCUUGGUGGCAGUCUCCCCAGCAUGCAGAAACCGCAGCAGAUUCAUCUUCUCCUCGGGUCCUGCCAUCAUGGAUUUUUCCUUUUGAAAGUUCGAUUGCCCACUCCCCGCCCACCUCCGUUACAAUCGAGACAGGAAGAACACCAGUAAAGCCGAAAACAACGCUUGGAGAUGAGAUGAUGCGGCUGUCCAAAUGCAAAACUCUGGUCGAGGUCAAGGAUUGGGUUCAGGAUGAAGGAGUCAGUCUGCGUGAAAACGCUCGUGUCCGAGCUGCAAUACCUGGACAUAUCCUACAGAUGGACUUCCAGAUGCACGAGAUCGCGUCGUAUAUAUGCGACCCAAUGUUUCAUCCGCCAGGAACGUCAUAUGUCUUGCAAUUAGUCCGUGGCUUACUCGGUCGUACUUGGGACGCAACCUCCUGGGGAAUCUUGCGUGAUGCACUUUGUUCCGCUACUGAACUUGGGCUUCUCACCAUUCAUGACCUGAAGGAAGUCAUUGCUGAGGUGGCCAGCCUGGCUGAACUGCAGCUGACCGACGCCCAUGGCAAGGAAAAGAGGGUCAAGGUCAAUGCCCAAAUGUAUCUGAUCUAUGGAAUGCUGGAAUCUCUAGAUCGCUCCACAGUGUUGCGGACUACCGACCUUGGAUCCUCCUUCCUGGCUGGACUCUUCUCGAGGUUUGCGACACUGAAACACUAUCGUGGCUGGUGCCAGAAGUUGUUGUGGCGUCUCCUACCGUGGGCACCGAAGUCUCAGGUUCCCGUCAUUCGCCGGAUCACUCUGAAACAGCUCCAUUACGCCUGUCGACACAAACCCCAGGAUGAAGUAGGGCGAAGGCUCGCAGAAAGGCUCGCAGUGGCCGACCCAGAGGUUCUACAGCUGGCUUUGACUGAUGUAACGGAGAAGUUGCUCAGUAUGACGACGGAAUCCGGAACAAUGCUGUACAUGUACUUAUGGCAUCACUGGUGUGGCACAUUGGCCGUUCUCGGAUCUCCAGAUUUCGACGUCUCUCUGACACAGCAUGGAUGGGUUUCUACUCAAUCCGCCAAAAGCUCCGUGCCACAAGAUCAACGUUUGCUGGCAUUUGCCUGGACUGCUAUGUAUCUCUCACAAGACUGUCGAGGGUCGAUGGACGUGGAGGAGCACCUGCAGUUCCGAAUUCGCUUCGAAGCACUGCUCCGAUCAAUCCCCGAGUUCUCUGAGGAUUUCCUGGAUCGUGCCGUUACCGAGCUUGGGACUAUGCCGCUACCGAACAAACAUAUACUCCUGCGAAAUCUCGCGAGAUUGUCGACUAGAGCAGACGCACUGCUUCCAACAUUGGAUGCCAAGUCUUAUACUGAGUCGACACUUGGGCCCGGUAUAUCUCCAAGCUUGAUCGACAAGCGCAUUCAGAAUGCUCAUUUAGAGGGCAAUGACACCCUGGCGGAGCUGAUCAAGAGUUCAAAAUGUGAUCUUUCAGCUUUCAAGAUUUUGUCCCGACGGAUGAUCCAGAAAAGCACGACUUCGUUCGGUUUUAUUUGCCAUCUUUUGGAGACCAAUCUGCUUUUCAAGCUAGCUCUGCGGACACCUCUAAGGCCGGCUGCUCUUGAGAAGCGGAUGUGCCAAAAGCACAUCGGUAUAUUCGCGAAUCUCAGUACUUCAGAGGAGGAUCGAACGGAACACCCGUCGAGCAGGUCGAGCUUACCCAACAGGGACGAGGUAAUCGACUUGAUCGGUCAUCUCGCCCUCUCAUUUGCGACCUCGACUGUCGCCACUCCACGGGCUGCACUACGCAGAGUGUAUUGGUGCUAUCUGUUUCUUCGCCGCUACGGAGCACCCGUUCCACCAGCCAUCACCCAAGCAUUAUGGCACGCCGGCAUCACACGAUAUGGCGACCACGGUACGGCGGCAACACUGUUGAAGUGGGUUCUAAUGCAAAUAAAACAGGUCGAAGGCGAGAGCGUUGCUAACCUGCUACUCUGGAACGAGACCUUUCGUCGGAUGCGGGAAGAGCAAAUUGCCGCUUGUUCCAAGAUCGAUCAAGACGCGGAAAAGAGAUUGGUUGCCGAAUUAGAAGCUUCGGCUAUAAGUGACGAGGGUGAAAGAGAGGUUGACGCAGCGUUCACCUCGGCUUCUUCCUCCUCGUCGGAAAACCAUAUUGCCAGUGGCGAAGAAGCAACAGACCCAGUCCUACUAAAGAAAAUCGCAUUCAUCAGAUCCGAGCCGCCGGACAAGCCAGUCUGGAUUCCCAGAGCACAGAGGAUGGCCAAUUCUCACGAGUUCUCAAUUGCAGCGGACGAGAAGCAGCAGGAGCUAUUACAGCGCAGGGCGGCGGAAGCACUCAAGGUGGCGAACUUAGUGUAUCGAGACUGA